CAUACUAAGGAAGGGUAAAAUUCAUUUUAAAGAUGAAACAGGCUGAAAGUUAUUUUCUGCGGUUAUGUGCUUUUUCCAAGGAUUUUUAUACCCUAUUCCUGAUAAUCCAGUUUUUCUGCACUCAGCCUGUUUACGGUGGCUUUAAAGCCGUUCUAGUAAGCGGAAAGCCGACAUGGCAGAGCACGACAUAUAGCAGUUCCUAUCAUUCACACGAGGCUAUCGACGGCGACCGAAACUCGUUCGCACACACCAGAGUUGGUGGUGAUCCGCAUCCUUGGUGGAAGAUCGACUUACAAAAAGAACACUGCUUGGGGAAAGUCACAGUGUUGAUCCGGUUGAACUGCUGCGGAUAUCGCUUCAUAGGUGCUGUUGUGCGAGCGGGACUGAGCGAAAAUUAUGCCGAGAAUCGACCGUGCGGCUCGCCUGCCACUUCGGCGCAGUCCCAGCAAGGUGCGUCUAUUGACUUCUUUUCCUGUACAGAGGUCAGCCAAAUUUGGAAGGCUACACAAGGGGGGCUUGAUCAGUAA